AUGGACAAAUUCGCGGAAGCCGCCGCCUAUCACUUUCAACAGAACCGACCUCUGAUUCCCGUCUAUAUCCAUCUCUUGCUCGCCGCCCUCUUUCCAAUCUACAUCGGCGCCCAUGCCUCCCUCUCGCGCCCAAGCUCCGCCGCAAAGCCACCAAAGCGCACUCGCCACGGUCGAGAUGAUGAGGAGGACGAGGACGAGGACGAGGAGGACGAGAACGAGCAGAAAAUGGAAGGUCUGACACCCACAGAUGCCAUCAUAUUCCCAGUCACUGCAGGAAUGGUUUUGGCAACCCUGUACUGGUUGAUCAAGAUAUACGGCGCCAGCGUGAUCAAUACUGUGCUCGGCUUGUACUUUGGCUUGAUCGGCACAUUCAGUGUCGCCAAGCUCAUCAACGAUGCCCUGACCACUGUCGCAGGUGUCUUCAUGCCUAGCUACUACGUCGAUCAAGGCAAGCUGUGGAAGGUGCGCGCAGACAAGCACCAAGUGACGAUGGCAGGCGGCGCGGAUGAUACCAGCUCACGUAGCUCACCAUUCGCUGGCAUCUUCGGUCGUUUGCCAUUGCCCAGCUUUGCCUCAAAUGUAGCGUGGUGCCUGCGAGACCUCGUCUUUAAGAAGUUCCAGGUCAAAGGCUAUGCCAAGAAUCUGUUCAACUUCAAGCUCAUCAUGACUCAAAGCAACGCACUCUCGGCCAUACUGGGAGUUGUCGCCAUUGUGUACUCAUUCAUUGGCGACAAGCCCUGGUGGUUGACGAACCUGCAAGGCUUUGCCGUGUCCUAUGGUGCUUUACAGCUGAUGUCGCCCACCACCUUCGCCACCGGAACCUUGAUCCUGAGCGGAUUAUUCUUCUACGACAUCUGGGCCGUGUUCUUCACCCCAUUGAUGGUGACAGUUGCUAAGAACCUCGAUGUCCCCAUCAAACUUCUCUUUCCACGCCCAGACUCGCAGCCUUCAGCGCCUGGAGAAGCACCCAAGCGUAGCUACAGCAUGCUUGGUCUUGGUGACAUUGUCUUGCCUGGGCUCAUGGUUGCUCUUGCUCUAAGGUUCGACCUCUACAUAUUCUAUCUCCGGAAGCAAAAGAAGGUGCAAAAAUGUGAGGGCGAGGUAUGCACAAUGGAAACAGAGAAGGCACCGUACAUUACAGUCAGUGGCUACUGGGGCGACAAGCUAUGGACUCGUGGCGUGAAGAGUGCAUUGCUUCCGGCGCGACUUUCAACCAGCUUUCCAAAACCAUACUUCACUGCAUCAGUCCUUGGCUACAUCGUGGGUAUGCUAGCGACUCUGAUCUUCAUGUCAGUCUUUCAGCAUGCUCAGCCAGCACUGCUCUAUCUGGUGCCAGGUGUCCUGACCAGUGUCUGGGGCACUGCUUUGAUUCGAGGCGAAUUCAAAGAGGUCUGGGAGUACUCAGAAGCCAUCACUGGCGAGGCCAUCGAUGACGAAGAAAGCAGUGGCAUACCUGCGGAGGAGAAGGAGUCCAAGGUAAGCAAGGAUAAGAGCGAGCCACAAUCCGAGGCGAAGAUUUCGCGUGACGAAUCGAGUAUAUUCUCUUUCAGUAUUGAGCAACACAAGCGAAAAACUGCAGCUGGCACUCAGAAGCCAGAGAGAAAUGACGAUGGUAGCCAGGCAGAGACUCCGACGUCCGAAGAUGCUGUUCUGGUCUCUGGGUCCGAUCUUGAUGACGCUAAGAGCAGUCAUGCUCGACAUCGGGUCGUGAAGAAGCAUCAGCGUUGA